UAUAUCGAGGGAGCAUAACUUGAAUGUAAUCAUGAAGCCGCUUCGUGCAAGUAUGCUUCAGGCUUCACUAAGGCGGGCUUUGGGCGGAGUAGAUAAGGUGAAUGGAAAGAAUGGAGUCGUUGGCAACUCAGCGUUGGGUAGCCUUCUUCACAAGAGGCAAAUCAUUGUGGUUGACGACAACGUUGUGAACCUUAAAGUGGCUGCUGGUGCUCUCAAGAAGUAUGGUGCAGAAGUAAUUUGUGCAGACAGUGGGAAGAAAGCAAUCGCAUUGCUAAAACCACCUCACAGUUUUGAUGCUUGUUUCAUGGACAUACAAAUGCCAGAAAUGGAUGGGUUUGAAGCCACCAAGAGGAUCAGAAUGAUGGAACGAGAGCUAAAUGAGCGGAUAGAACGCGGAGAAGCGCCACCAGAAUGUGCUAACGUUCGGAGGUGGCGAACUCCGAUAUUGGCCAUGACGGCAGAUGUUAUCCAGGCAACAUGUGAGCAGUGCUUGAAAUGUGAAAUGGAUGGCUAUGUCUCCAAGCCAUUCGAAGGGGAGCAGUUGUACAGAGAAGUAACUCGAUUUUUCCAAAGUCAUGACCAUGUUCAGUAGGUAGGUCUAUAUGGAUUGUAAAUUAGUGGAGGAUGUCGCCACACAGCUCAUGGCAUUGGCGCGGAGGAGUUUGUUGAAGCUGCAGUGCUCCCAAGAGUAUGAGCUUAAAAACCUGGAGAUGGAGCCACCCAGGCUCUGUUUCUUGGUACACCAUCCCACCAAGAGGCAAAGAAAAAAGGUGUAAAGCUCUUGGAGCCGGGACGCACGUGCGGCAUUUUGUUCAGCAACUUCUCGGAGACGGCCUGCGUGAAAAAAGGCCGCCAACCAUAUACGCUGACCGCAGGUUUCAGCUCGACCGGCGUCCUCCGCCUUUGUAAUGUAAAUGUAAAAUGUAGGGAGAGCAAAAUUUUCCUUCCUUUUUCCUCCCGGGGAAUUGUAUGGGUGUACAUAAUUAGGUGCUGGUGGUUUGUGCAGGAAUUUCCAUUUUGUGCAUUUGAAUGUGUUUUUUUGCGCCGUGUGUCCCAAGCUGUAAGUCAUCACACAUUCAAAGCUGAAGCCUUCCUUUUCUUGAACUCUCA